UCCGGCAAAAAACAAAAAAUCAGCCCUAAUAGGUAUUUGAAACGAUUCUCCAGAUAUUUUGCUGUCUACAUCACGACGACGUGAGUUGCCUUUCUAGUGAACGUUUUUAUGAUUCUAGAGUUGGGAAACUGUUAAAAUUUGUAUUUGAUUAUAUAGUUCUGAAUUGUGUAUUAUUAUAUUGUUUUGAUCAUUGAUAAAGCCCUAAAUGGAAUCAAAAUCGACCUCCGGUGUUGUCCGUCGCAAGCCACCGUCGUUCAGAUUUUAUCCAUACACUUCAGGGUCAGUGAUGUUACUUAGUUCCACUUGAGAGCCUACUUAGCUUGCUCAGUCAUACAAUAUUUAAUAUUUUUGUUUUCUAGGAGCGCCUCUGGAAAGAAGGACAUGAAAGAUGAGGUUAUAAGAUUAGGAGUUGAGUUCUCUGUCUCUGUAGCUGAAUCGAUGUUCCUGUUGUGUGAUGAUAUACGUACUAUGUUGUUCAUCUCCUUGACGUUGUGGAAGUAUGUACUACCAGAAGGGAAUCCUGUGGUAGAAAGGUUGUUUCUCCUUAUUCAUUACAUCUACUCAAAAGAUAUCAAACCGAAAAAUGGAGUAUUAUAUCAGAACGGUGAAGGAAAGUCAGCACAAUGGAAUCUUAUCAAGACAACGUGGAAUGAUUUCGUUUGCGGUAUCAUAGUUUUGAAUCGCCUUGUUUUGGUUCUCAGAGUAAAAGAUUGCUCUUAUGAUGAUAGGCUACUAUUGUCAGCUAUUGCAAAAUACAAGCAAGAGCUGAAGAAUCUAGAGGGUAAAUUGAGGUCUGCUAAAGAUGUUUCAGAGGCCAAUGGGUUUGCCAGGGAGACAAUAAAGUCUAACAUUUUUCCCUUUUGGAAGUCUCUCUUUGAUGAACAAGGUAAAGAAGAAAUACCAACACUAGAAGAAAACAGCGGUAUUCUGACGGACGUUCCGACGGAAAAUGAAUUCCUCGGAAUAUACCGAGGAAUUUCCGAGGCAAUUCCGAGGAAACACAAAAUUUGGCUUCCUCGGAGAAGAGAUUUUGCAAAGCAGGAGCUCAAAGACGAGGUUGUGCGACUAGGAGUUGAGCUUUCAUUAUAUAUAGCUCAAGCGAUGUUUUUGUUAUGUGAUGACAUUCGUAGUAUGUUAUGGCUUUGCUAUAAGUUAUGGAGAGAUGCGGGGCGAAGGUACAUUUAUCCUAAUAGUCUCGUGCUGGAAAGAGUGCUUCGUGUCAUUCAUUAUGUCUACUUCAAAUAUAUCGAACCGAAGAAUGGAGUAUAUCGUAAUGGUGGCUUGUCGGUCCAAAUCAGACUUGCUAUACCAACAUGGGAGAAUUUUGAUGAUGUGAUAUUAUCUCUGAAUGUCCUUGUACUGGUUCUCAGACAAGAAGGAAGAUGUGCAUCUGGCCGAAACUUUAUGUCUAGUAUGGAAGAACAACUGAAGAAGGUAGAAGAGAAGUUGAGGUGUGGGAAGGUUGUUUCAGAGGCCAAUGGGUUUAGAAGGGAAGUGAUAGAGCCUAGCUUUUUCGGCUUGUGGAAGUCUCUAUUUAAUAAAGAAACUAAUAAUGAAGCAACACAGACUCUGAAAGUGAUAAAGAAUAGAAUUCUUCACGACCUUUUUCAACCUCUACAUAACGAAGUAGCACCACCACCGUAG